AUGCCUGCCUCCGUGCACUCCCAAGACCAGGACCAGUCCAUGAUGGACGCCACCGCCGCGGCACCUCAAGAACAAGAGCAGCAGGUCGAGCAAGAAGAAGUGUUGGAGGAAAAGCGGAUCACUGUCCUUCCCGGAGCUACCGAGACAGCAGCCUCUUUCCAGUUUGACGGCGAGGGUCAUACAUUGGGUAAUGCGCUACGAUAUGCCAUCAUGAAGAAGUAUGUACUACUUCCUCAAGUUGAAUUCUGUGGAUAUACUAUUCCCCAUCCUUCGGAGACCAAGAUGAACCUGCGUAUUCAGACUUAUGACACAACGAACGCAGUGGAAGCACUGGAGAAGGGCUUGGAUUCCCUGAUGGAUUUGUGUGAUGUUGUUACGGACAAGUUCACCGCCUCUCGUGAUGCCUUCAAUGCCUCUCAGGCUGAUAAGAUGAGCUCUUGA